AUGAUCGCAGCAGUAUACUCGCGACACGAAAAUUUAAGGGCUCAUUCCAGUCUGUUAGCAGUCCCUAAGAGUCGAGGCAAACCAAACAAACAAAUAAUUUUGCAUCAAUUUUCUAGGCAACCAUUUUUCAAAAUGAACAAAUUAUAUUUCCAAAUCAAUUUAAUUAUUUUAUUAUUUAUUUUCUUUUUAUCCAACAACUGCAUAGUACAAUCAUAUGAAAUCUCAAAGAUUGAACAAAAUGAAAAGACUCUUUAUAUUCAUUUCUCACCACAACAUAUGAUUUGGUUCAAGAGUGAACUUGAAUUUAAUGGAUCAAAAUUGGAUAUCAAACCAUACUGCUCUCAAAAUGGUAUUUCUCCAAUGGUCUGCCAUUUAGAUUUUGUUCCAGAAUGUGAUACAGUUAGAUUGUUUGGUACUCCAGGAAUAGGUUCAACCAAUUUAAAAUUUAUGAGAUCAUUUAAUUGUACAUCGACUUUUUUAAAUAAAUAUUAA